AUGGCAUUCCUUGUCCGUUCACCGGAGAUACCUACCGUCUCGGCGAGAAUCUUCUCCGAUUCGAAUUCGAGUGUAAGUCAUGCGUUUAUGAGGAGGAAGGUUACGGUCUCCGCGGUUGACGCGAGAGAUUUGUCCGGUGUGAGGAAUCAGAAAUCGAGAUUGUACGGGAAAUUCUCGGCUCCGGUGAAAGAAGGCUGCAAGAUUAGCAGAGAGGAAGAAGAAGAAGCUAAGCAGAGUUACUACGUGAAUAUGGGUCACGCCGUUCGUUGUCUCAGAGAGGAGUUUCCUUUGCUGUUCUACAAAGAGCCCAAUUUUGACAUUUACAGGGGUGAUAUUGUGUUCAGAGACCCUAUGAACACAUUCAUGGGAAUUGAUAACUACAAAACCAUAUUCUGGGCGUUACGUUUCCAUGGAAGGAUCUUCUUCAGAGCACUCUGCGUCGACAUUGUUAGUGUUUGGCAACCCACAGAGAACACUCUGAUGAUUCGAUGGACUGUUCAUGGAAUACCCCGUGGUCCUUGGGAGACUCGCGGUCGAUUCGAUGGCACUUCAGAGUAUAAGUUCGAUAAGAACGGGAAGAUUUAUGAACACAAAGUCGACAACAUCGCCAUUAACUCGCCUCCGAAGUUUCAAAUGCUCACCGUUCAAGACCUCGUUGAAGCCAUCAGCUGCACUUCGACACCGAAGCCCACGUAUUUUGAGUUCGGAGAUUCGUCAUCAUCGUCGGGAACAACAUAUUAG